AUGUCUGGUUACCAACAAGGCCACUAUGAUGAUGGCUAUGGCCACCCGGCGGGCCACGGGGAUUCCUACUACCAGGAUGAACACGCCGGCCAGGGAUACUACGAUCAUCAAGGUUAUGAUGAUGGCUACUAUGACCAAGGUGGCCACUACGCAGCGGAUGGUGGACACCCUGCCGCUCAUGGGAACCAAGGCUACGCUGAUGGCGGAUACUAUGAAGGCGGUCAUCAGGAUGAGUACUACGGAGAUCAGUACUACGACCAAGGAGGUCAGAACCGAGGCCAUCGCGGAGACUCAGAGGAGGAUUCGGAAACUUUCAGCGACUUCACUAUGAGGUCCGAAACCGCUCGCGCUGCCGAUAUGGACUACUACGGCCGAGGUGAUGAGCGUUACAACAGCUAUGGCUACGCCGACAGCCAGUAUGGUGGUCGUAGUGGCUACGGUGGCUACCGUCCACCCUCAUCCCAGGUCUCCUACGGUGGAAACCGUUCCUCUGGAGCAUCUACCCCCGUGUAUGGCAUGGACUAUGGAAACGCGUUGCCGGCUGGCCAGCGUUCGCGGGAGCCCUAUCCGGCCUGGACCACCGAUGCUCAGAUUCCUCUUUCUAAGGAAGAGCUCGAGGACAUCUUUCUCGACCUUGUCAACAAGUUCGGUUUCCAGCGUGACAGUAUGCGCAACAUGUACGACCAUAUGAUGACCCUGCUCGACUCUCGGGCUUCUCGCAUGACCCCCAACCAGGCUCUGCUGUCGCUCCACGCCGACUACAUUGGCGGACACAACGCCAACUACCGUCGUUGGUACUUCGCGGCCCACUUGGACUUGGAUGAUGCGGUCGGUUUCGCCAACAUGAAACUUGGCAAAGCGGACCGUAAGACCCGGAAGGCUCGCAAGGCCGCCCAGAAAGCUGCCAAGCAGAAUCCCGAGAACGAGGAGGAAACUCUAGAUGCUCUAGAAGGUGACAACAGUCUUGAGGCUGCAGAAUACCGCUGGAAAUCUCGCAUGAACCGCAUGUCUCAGCACGACCGUGCGCGUCAGAUCGCCCUGUAUCUCCUCAUUUGGGGUGAGGCUAACCAGGUUCGAUUCUUGCCUGAGUGCAUUUGCUUCAUCUUCAAGUGUGCCGAUGACUACUACUCCUCACCCGAGUGCCAAAACAAAGUUGAGCCUGUUGAAGAGUUCACCUACCUAAACGAUAUCAUCACACCCCUCUACCAAUACUGCCGUGAUCAAGGUUAUGAGAUCGUGGAUGGCAAAUAUGUGAGACGUGAACGCGAUCACAACCAAGUCAUCGGUUAUGAUGACAUGAACCAGCUGUUCUGGUACCCCGAGGGUAUUGAACGCAUCCAUUUCGAAGACAAGACGCGUCUGGUGGAUAUCCCUCCUGCGGAACGUUGGCCCAAACUGAAAGAUGUCCUCUGGAAUAAGGCCUUCUUCAAGACCUACAAGGAGGUUCGCUCCUGGUUCCACAUGGUCACCAACUUCAACCGUAUCUGGGUCAUUCAUUUGUGCUCCUUCUGGUUUUUCACCGCUUACAACUCCCCCUCUCUUUAUGUCGGUAGAUACCAACAGCAGGUCGACAACAAGCCGCCUAGCUACAAGUACCUCGCUGCUGUUGGUUUUGGUGGUGCUCUCGCGGCGUUCAUCCAGAUCUUCGCUACCAUCUGUGAAUGGCUAUACGUGCCUCGUCGUUGGGCUGGCGCUCAGCAUCUCCGCAAGCGCUUCAUGUUCCUGCUCGCGGUCUUUGUCGUCAACCUCAAGCCGAUCGGUCUGGCACUCGGCAUCGUCCACUUUGUCAUUGCUCUGAUCACUGCCAUCUUCUUUGCCAUCAUGCCCCUCGGCGCGAUGUUCGGCAAUUACAUGAAGAAGCACGGCCGACAGUAUGUCGCCAGUCAGACCUUCACUGCUAGUUUCCCUCGACUGCACGGCAAUGAUAUGUGGAUGUCGUUUGGUCUCUGGGUUUGUGUAUUUGGCGCUAAGCUGGCCGAGUCUUAUUUCUUCUUGACUUUGUCUUUUAAGGAUCCCAUUCGUAUCUUGUCCCCGAUGCAUAUCCGCCAGUGUACUGGUGUCGUCUGGAUCGGUAACACGCUCUGCCACAAACAGCCCCAGAUCCUGCUGGGCCUGAUGUUCUUCAUGGAUCUCACUCUGUUCUUCCUCGACAGCUACCUCUGGUACAUUAUUUGCAACACCAUCUUCUCGGUGGCCCGUUCUUUCUACCUCGGUGUGUCGAUCUGGUCUCCCUGGCGAAACAUCUUCUCUCGUCUUCCGAAGCGUAUCUACUCUAAGGUCCUGGCUACCACCGACAUGGAAAUCAAGUACAAACCGAAGGUUCUGAUCUCUCAGGUGUGGAACGCCAUCAUUAUCUCGAUGUAUCGCGAACACCUGUUGGCCAUCGACCACGUCCAGAAGCUUCUUUAUCAUCAGGUGCCGUCCGAGCAAGAGGGAAAGCGUACCCUGCGUGCCCCGACGUUCUUCGUUUCUCAGGAGGAUCAAUCCUUCAAGACCGAGUUCUUCCCUGCUGGAAGCGAGGCCGAGCGUCGUAUCUCUUUCUUCGCUCAGUCUCUGUCUACUCCCAUGCCCGAGCCCCUGCCUGUCGACAACAUGCCUACUUUCAGUGUCCUGAUUCCUCACUACAGUGAGAAGAUUCUUCUCUCUCUCCGUGAGAUCAUCCGUGAAGAUGAGCCGUACUCUCGUGUUACCCUCCUGGAAUAUCUGAAGCAGCUUCACCCCCACGAGUGGGAUUGCUUCGUCAAGGACACCAAGAUCUUGGCCGAUGAAACCUCCCAAAUGAACGGCGACUACUCGGAGAAGGGCGAAAAGGAUGCUGCCAAGAGCAAGAUUGAUGACUUGCCCUUCUACUGCAUUGGUUUCAAGUCUGCUGCUCCUGAGUAUACCCUGCGUACCCGUAUUUGGGCUUCUCUCCGUUCUCAGACCCUGUACCGUACGGUAUCUGGUUUCAUGAACUACAGCCGAGCUAUCAAAUUGCUAUACCGUGUCGAGAACCCUGAAGUUGUCCAAAUGUUUGGUGGUAACUCUGAGAAGCUUGAGCGCGAGCUUGAACGCAUGGCUCGCCGCAAGUUCCGCAUCUGUGUCUCCAUGCAGCGUUAUGCCAAGUUCAACAAGGAUGAGCGUGAGAACACCGAGUUCCUCCUCCGUGCCUACCCCGACCUCCAGAUCGCCUACCUUGAUGAAGAGCCCGCUAUCGCCGAAGGCGAGGAGCCUCGUCUGUACUCCGCUCUCAUCGAUGGCCACUGUGAACUUCUCGAAAAUGGUACUCGCAAACCCAAGUUCCGUAUCCAACUCUCUGGUAACCCCAUUCUCGGUGACGGAAAGUCCGACAAUCAGAACCAUGCUAUCAUCUUCUACCGUGGUGAAUACAUCCAGUUGAUUGAUGCCAACCAGGACAACUACUUGGAAGAGUGCCUUAAGAUUCGCAGUGUCCUCUCAGAGUUCGAGGAGCUGACCACCGACAACGUUUCCCCCUACACCCCUGGUAUUCCUUCUCCUGACAGCCACCCUGUCGCCAUUCUCGGUGCCCGUGAAUACAUUUUCUCCGAGAGCAUCGGUGUUCUUGGUGAUGUUGCCGCUUCCAAGGAACAAACAUUCGGUACUCUGUUCGCCCGUACUCUCGCUCAAAUCGGUGGUAAGCUGCAUUAUGGUCACCCCGAUUUCCUGAACGCUACCUUCAUGUGUACGCGUGGUGGUGUGUCGAAGGCGCAAAAGGGUCUUCACCUCAACGAGGAUAUUUACGCCGGUAUGAACGCUAUUCUGCGUGGUGGUCGUAUCAAGCACUGCGAGUACUUCCAGUGUGGUAAGGGUCGUGAUCUGGGAUUCGGUUCCAUUCUUAACUUUACAACCAAGAUCGGUACUGGUAUGGGUGAGCAGAUGCUGUCUCGCGAGUACUACUACCUCGGUACCCAACUGCCUCUUGAUCGCUUCCUCUCGUUCUACUAUGCCCAUCCUGGUUUCCACUUGAACAAUAUGUUCAUCAUGUUGUCUGUACAAAUGUUCAUGCUUGUUCUGAUCAACCUGGGUGCUCUGAAGCACGAAACCAUCACCUGCCGAUACAACUCUGACCUGCCCAUCACCGAUCCCCUGCGUCCUACUUACUGCGCCGACCUUCAGCCAAUCAUCAACUGGGUCAACCGUUGCGUCAUCUCAAUUUUCAUCGUGUUCUUCAUCUCCUUCGUGCCUCUUGCCGUUCAGGAAUUGACCGAACGUGGUGUCUGGCGCAUGGCUACCCGUCUGGCCAAGCACUUCGGCUCCUUCUCCUUCAUGUUCGAGGUCUUCGUUUGUCAGAUCUACUCGAACGCUGUUCACCAGAACUUGUCCUUUGGUGGUGCCCGUUACAUUGGUACCGGUCGUGGUUUCGCUACCGCCCGCAUCCCAUUCGGUGUUCUAUACUCCCGUUUCGCCGGUCCUUCGAUCUACACUGGUUCUCGUCUCCUUCUGAUGUUGCUGUUCUCCACUUCGACUGUGUGGACGCCUGCCCUCAUCUGGUUCUGGGUUUCACUGUUGGCCAUGAUCAUCUCGCCCUUCCUGUUCAACCCUCACCAGUUCGCAUGGAACGAUUUCUUCAUUGAUUAUCGUGACUACAUCCGUUGGCUCUCGCGUGGUAACUCCCGCUCUCACGCCUCGUCCUGGAUUGGCUUCUGCCGUCUGUCACGUACCCGUAUCACUGGUUACAAGCGAAAGGUCCUUGGUGUUCCCUCCGAGAAGGGAUCGGGCGACAUUCCCAGAGCUCGUAUCACGAACAUUUUCUUUAGCGAGAUUGUCUCUCCUCUCGUUGUUCUUGCAGCCACUCUUGUGCCAUAUCUCUAUAUCAACUCGCGCACCAUGUUCAGCGACAGUGACAAGUACGCCCCGAACGCCAUCGCCCGAAUUGUCAUCGUCGCUCUCGCACCCGUUGGCAUCAAUGCUGGUGUUGCUGGAGUUUUCUUCGGUAUGGCGUGCUGCAUGGGCCCUCUCCUCAGCAUGUGCUGUAAGAAAUUCGGCGCCGUUCUUGCCGCCAUUGCUCAUGCCAUCGCGGUCAUUGUUCUCCUCAUCUUCUUCGUCGUGCUCUUCCUUCUGGAGGGUUUCAACUGGGCCCGAACCGUCUCUGGCCUCAUUGCCAUGAUGGCCAUCCAACGGUUCCUUUACAAGUUCAUCAUUUCGCUUGCCCUGACCAGAGAAUUCAAGCAUGACCAGUCCAAUAUCGCUUGGUGGACCGGUAAAUGGUACAACAUGGGCUGGCACUCCCUCUCCCAGCCCGGCCGUGAAUUCCUCUGCAAAAUUACCGAGCUGGGAUACUUCGCCGCCGACUUCGUGCUCGGCCAUAUCAUCCUGUUCUUCAUGCUGCCAGUCCUCGCCAUCCCAUAUGUGGACAAGUUCCACUCCGUCAUCCUGUUCUGGCUGCGCCCUAGUCGUCAAAUCCGCCCACCCAUCUACUCCCUCAAGCAGUCCAAGCUUCGGAAGAGACGUGUCAUCCGUUUCGCCAUUCUCUACUUCGUCAUGCUGGUCAUCUUUAUCGUCCUUCUUGCCGCUCCCUUGAUUGUCAAGAGAAUGGGUUACAACAAAGAUAUCAGCAAGGCGCUGUGGAGUACUAUCGGCCUCGCGGACUCGAGCAAGAGCCCCACCAUGUUCCUUCUCCAGCCCAUCGACAGCGGUCUUAACGACACCGAGACCUACUACACUGGCACCAGCUUGCCCGCUGGCAAGCUCGCCGAAUCUUCAAUUGCCAACCCCACUGCCUCUGGUACCUACGUUCAAUACAAGUUGAUCUAA